GUAAAAAUUGUGAAAAAUUAAUUUAUAAAAGUAGGCAUUAUGGCAAAUCUAACAACAUAUUAUAUGAUCAUAUUUAUAUAUUAUAUAUUGGUAAAAUAAUUAAAUCAAUGAUGACAUAUGAAUAGAGGAAAAUUCCAACUUUAGCUUUUAAAAAAAACCUGAAGGAGUAAUCAAAGUAGAUUAUUUCGAAUAAUAAUAAUAAAAAAAAAAAAAGUCAUAACUUUGUGUAAUUUGGGAUGGAUUUCAAUAUAAAGUCCAAUAAUUAAUUCUCAAAUGACAAGAUAUUGUUCAAAGAAACAAUCAAGUUAGGCUCAAAUCAUACAACUACAGGAGGUCGGUGGGACAACUAAGAGUGGAGUUGAUGUGUAACAAAAUACCAAUAACCUUUUCUAAAAGACAAAACAUAAGAUAUUGUCUAGUGCAUAUCACGCACAUACAUGAUUUGAUUAUAAUCUAAUUAUUAUUCCUAGAUAUGUCUAUAAUCUAUAUAUUUAGACUGGUAUUUAUUAUUGCUUCAAAAAAAAAAAAAAAAAAAAGAAAAAAAAAGACUGGUAUUUAUUAGCAGCCCUAGCUCUCACUCUCUACUGUCAAUUUAUUUGUUACAAAAAUACAAACUUAUCCUUCUUAAAUUAGCCUGUGAGCUUGCAUUUGUUCACCUUCAUUCAACAAUGGCACACUCUGAAUAUGUAGAAGAACAAGAGGCCGCCGUACAUCCAGUAAAGACUUACGGAUGGGCCGCUCGAGACGAGUCCGGAAUUUUAUCUCCCUUCUACUUCUCUAGAAGGAUGACAGGAGAAAAGGAUGUGAGAUUUAAGGUGAUGUACUGUGGAAUAUGCCACACAGACCUUCAUUUUCUCAAGAAUCAUUGGGGAAUUUCAUCAUACCCACUUAUUCCCGGGCACGAGAUUGUGGGAGUUGUGACUGAUAUUGGCACCAAGGUCACUAAAUUUAAACUCGGAGACAAAGUUGGGGUAGGAUGCAUGAUUGGCUCAUGUCGCACGUGCGAGUCAUGCGCAAAAAACCUUGAAAAUUACUGCCCUAAAAUGAUCCUCACUUACUCUGGCAAAGACUAUGAUGGAACCACAACUUAUGGUGGCUACUCCAAUGAAAUGGUGGCGGACCAACAUUACGUUGUUCGAAUCCCUGAUGAUCUUCCCCUCGACACGAGUGCGCCACUACUUUGUGCCGGAAUCACGGUGUAUAGCGCGUUGAGGUAUUUCGAGCUUGAUGAAAGAGGAAAGCAUUUAGGGGUUGUGGGACUUGGAGGGCUUGGUCAUUUGGCUGUGAAAUUUGCAAAAGCAUUUGGGUUGAAGGUUACUGUUAUUAGUACUUCUCCUAGCAAGUGUAAGGAAGCUUUGGAACGUUUUGGUGCUGACCUUUUUUUGAAUAGUCAUGACCAAGAUCAAUUACAGGCAGCAACGAGCACUAUGGACGGGAUCAUCGACACCGUGUCCGCUGAUCAUUCAAUCGAGACCCUACUUCACUUACUUAAGUCUCAUGGAAAGCUUAUUGUGGUUGGUGUACCCCAAAAGCCUCUCCAAGUGCCUAUCUUCACUUUGCUUGGAGGAAGGAAGAUGAUAGCUGGAAGUGGAAUUGGAGGGAUGAAAGAAACACAAGAAAUGUUGGAUUUUGCAGCAAAACAUAACAUUAAGGCAGAUGUUGAAGUGAUUCCAAUGGAUUACAUAAACACGGCCAUGGAUCGUCUUUCUAAGGGUCAUGUUAGAUAUCGGUUCGUUGUUGAUGUUGGCAACACAUUACAUAAAACAAUGUCUUCAGUUUAGGAUUAUCUUAAGCUCAUGCUUGAUUUGGUGAACCAUAUUUUCGUGU